UCGCUGCAACCUCAUUCGCCUCUCUAGUUCUCUCUCCUCUUAUUCUCUCGGUCGCGAAGAGCGAUUUUGAACGAACGAACGAAGAGGAGAGAAGAAGACGAAAGAAGAAAUGGCGGUGUCUAGGGUUUCAUUGGUGGUGGUGGCGAUCAUCGCUCUGUUAUACGCCGUCGUUUUGCCUUCUGCUCAUGCUCAAUCUUUGGCUCCUGCUCCUGCGCCCACCAGUGAUGGGACGGCAAUAGAUCAAGGAAUUGCAUGUGUGUUGAUGCUAGUCGCCUUGGUGCUCACAUACCUCAUCCACCCACUCGAUGCUUGAUCCUACAACAUUCGGAUUUUUGGAUAAGAUCUCGAUGGGUUUUGUGAAGGGGUGAAAUACAUAUCUUCAAAUUUGGGAUGCGGCAAUGGUCCGUGUAUGUUUCAUUCAUUUUCCGGAGUUCAAUUUAUUGGUGCUCAUGGCUUCACAAUUUUUUUCUAUUCUUUGAUUCUCUGUGGAAAUGUAUUUUCUGUUGUGCAUUGGCAAUGAAAACAGAGUGAACCUUUUCUCA